AUGAGCAUGCAAGUGCAAGAACAGUUUGAAGUCGUCUACAUCAAUGAGGAGCAAACGGCGGCCACGUUCAAGUUCUACAGAGAAGAUCAUACUCUAGCCAACGUGCUCAGAUAUCCUUUCAGCUUUUCUAAUCGUAUCUUCAAGGCUCGCGAACAAGGAUUCACCGAAGUGGUUUGCUCGUCGGGCGGCAAUGCUGGUCUCGCCACCGCCUACUCUGCAAUGCAGCUGGGCAUGAACUGUCACAUCGUGGUCACCCGGCGAACGCCUAGCGAUGUCUGCGAAUGCAUUCGAAGCUACGGCGCCACAGUGGAGAUCUUUGGUGAUGUUUGGGAGGAGGCUAACUCACAGGCCAUCAAAAGAACUACCAUCUCCAAGACCUCCUAUCUAGUGCACCCUUUUGACCAUCCGGUUCUGUGGGAAGGACACUCCAAAAUUAUCGACGAAAUUGCCGAAGACCUCGGCUCGGUUGUGCCGUCGAUGAUCGUCACCUGCUGCGGUGGCGGCGGCCUGGUCUGUGGUCUGGUGAAGGGAGUGCGUAGGCAGGCAAACUGGCAAGACCGCACCAAGAUUCUGGUCCUCGAGACUGUGGGCACUGAUUCCUUCAAUGUGGCGGUCAAAGCAGGCGGCGAGCCGGUUCGUUUGGAUAAGAUCACAUCGAUUGUCACCUGUUUGAGUGCCAAUGAAGUGUGUCCCCAGAUUUUGGAUGAUUUUAAGGCGAGCAAGCCUCCCAUUUUGUCACGUCUGGUCAGUGAUCAAGAUGCCGUUCAAGCGUGUGUCAAGUUCCUUGAUGACCACCGCUUUUUGGUGGGGACUGCCUGCGGGGCCACCUUGAGCUCUCUGUACAUCGGCAUGCUGCAGCGGAUUUUAAAUCACGACGAACAGGAGCACGAGACCAUUUUCGACAAAGCGAACAACCUCGACUACAGCCAUAACACCGAUGGCCCCGUUGUGGUGAUCAUUUGCGGUGGAUCAGAAAUCCAGCUAGAUUCCCUACUUGAACUUCGCAAACAAUUCAAUUGCUAG